AUGGCAGCCAACUUCCGCAAGGCAUACUACUCAUCCCUUGGCGUCAAGACACUCGAGGUGAAGCCCUCAGUAGAGAAUGCAUUGCAGGGAAAACUACUUUCAAUAGACAGACUCAACAAACUGUGUCUGUGGAUCCGAAUCCCUCACUUUUAUCGACCUGUAGUAUGGAAACUUCUUUUGGGAGUAACGCCUGUGCAUAAGGAAGCCUGGGGCUUUGUGGCAGAACAGAGACAGCAGCACUUUGAAAUCCUCAAGGAAUCAGUACUCUUGCUUACCAGACAGUCACUAGACAGAAUUGAUGAGGAUUUAACUCCAUUACUACUGGCCCAAAUGAUCCAACUUGAACUAAUACAAGAUACGCCACGGACAAUAUCACAAACUAUAACAAAUGAAGAGCCUCCAGAACAUUUACUGGCCAUUUCAGCCGCAUUUCUAGAAAUUAGCGAUUCAAGCGAUCAAGAUGCAUUCUGGAUCUGUUUGCAUUUUAUCAAGAAAAUGCACAUUGACAUUUCAAAAUCUCCCAAAUCUGGCUCACAGUAUUUGAAAACUGCAUUUAUUGGAAAUAAUCCUGUUGCAGAUUUGAUUGCUAAAUCGGCUGCUGUAUAUCCUGGACCAGAGCAACCGUUGCUAGUGUCUGCUGAUCAGCCAUUCAUCAAUGAUAUCAGAUCUAGUAUAGAUACAAUGAAAUAUCUGUUGAGUUUGCACAAUCUACAGCUUUUUACUUAUAUCCAACGACUGAAUGUCGCAUGGCAUGAUGUAUGUAGCUGUUGGUUUCGCUGCUGCUUUGCAAAUGUAAUCUCCUCUCAUGCAAUAGAGAGUGUUUGGGACAUUGUCAUUGGUGGUGCGCCAGGUAUUUUACCAUAUCUGGGGUUAUGCUUGCUACUCUCUGCCAGACGAAAGAUUGAAGCAUGCCGAUCUGCAAAAGAGUUUGCUGCAUUAAUCCCACAGAUUUCAAAAUUUGUGGAUGUAGAUUCAGUAGCAAACAUGUCGAUCGAUAUGUGGGAAAUUCCAGUACUGGAGCGUAUGUCUAAAGAAACUCGCAAGCUGCUUGGAUAUCGGUUUUGAUUGUCAUUUGCAUUUUAUGCUUUUCAAUACACUGCUAUUAUCUGGUGUCGUUUGUAUAGUUUUAGAAAUGGUUGUACACCAGUAUUUGGCGGAAUUGAAUA